AUCGACGAACAAGCUCUUAUUGUUCCAGCCACCGACAGGCAUAACGCAAGCAAUGCCGUAGAAACCUCCGCAUCUUUCAACGCCGUCUGGACCGCCACCAUGAAUACCGACAUCGGGGCCUCCAGCUUUCGCGCCGGAGGGGCCACCCACCUCGCGAUACUCGGUUACGACACACUGUGGAUCCAACGCUGGGGUCGCUGGUCUUCAGACGCGUUCGAACGAUAUAUCCGCACACAUCCUAGCGUUCACCUCGCGGUGCGGCAGAAUUCCGCUCCUAUUACCCGCCCUGUUGUAUACUAGAUCUAUUUAUCUGUGGCUCAUCUCCGCCCAUCUCUUCAUGUAUAUUUGCCAUUUGCUCAAUACAAUGCCAACCUGGCCAUCUUUAUCUUACAUACGGGCACUCCCCGGCUUGACGUGCGGGGGCCAAAUUUCUCCCCAAAAUCCAUUGAUGGCUGACUAGUACAGCGUGGGGCGAAAAUUGGUCCCCCGACGCGACGCACUUUCCGGUUUGACGUGCGGGGGCCGAAUUUC